AUGGUCGUACAGACUGUUGUUCAUGGAUAUCCAUCAACUACUGAUAAUGAAACAGAACUUCUACGGGUCCGAUUGUUGCGUGGUACAAAACUCGGGAAACGUGACUUGUUUGGUGUCUGCUCACCGUAUUGUUUGGUUCGUUUAGAGAAUUCGAAUGGAGAUAUUGUUGAUGAAGUACAGGUGGAGACAAAGAGAAAGACCAGAAAUCCAACGUGGAACAGUGUGUUUACAUUCCGAGUAACACGUUCUUGUCACCUGAAAAUAUUAGUUUACGAUGAGAAUCGAUUGAGAAAAGAUUCUUUGAUGGGAUCUGUGGGGAAGGCGCUGGAUGACGGAAGAAUCUCAACACAAGCACCGAAUCCAGAAGAAUUUCCAUUGCAAGCCGGGUCGUCGGGGAAGGGAAAAAGCAUUGGUUCCCUCUUCCUGAGUUUUCAUUUUAUGCCAUCAUCAACUGAUAACUCUCCAAAUGAUUCUACAAAUGAUUUACAACAAACGACAAGUGGAAUGCCUCAAGGAUGGGAAGAAAGAGAAGAUGGAAAUGGAAGAACGGUUUAUAUUAAUCAUGCUCUCAGAACAACUCAAUUCACUCCUCCUGAAAGUAUUCCAAAUGGCAAUACUGACGCCAUCACGGAACAAUCAGUUAUCGAGGAGACGCGUCGUCGUCGUGACAACUACGAGCAUCGGAGUCAAGUCACUGAUGAGCCAUCCGAUACGACAGUCGUUAGUAACGAGUUGACCGCGAUUGACGACGCGAUGCGAGCGAACUUCGAACAUGGCGGUGGACACGAAGAAGAAGAAGAAGAAGACGAGUUGAGACUCCCAGAUGGAUGGGAUAUGCAAGUAGCACCUAAUGGACGUACAUUCUUCAUUGAUCAUCGCACAAAAACGACAACAUGGACAGAUCCACGAACAGGAGUGGCAGCUAGACUACCGGUUCGAGGAAAGACUGAUGACGAGAUAGGAGCAUUACCUCCAGGAUGGGAACAACGAGUUCAUGUCGAUGGACGUGUCUUCUUUAUUGAUCAUAAUAGAAGGCGGACGCAAUGGGAAGAUCCUAGAUUUGAGAAUGAAAAUAUUGCUGGACCAGCUGUACCGUAUUCCAGAGAUUAUAAGAGAAAGGUUGAAUAUCUUCGCUCCCGUCUUCCGAAACCUAAUAGUAAUAGUGGGAAAUGUGAUAUGGUUGUUCAUCGUGAUACACUUUUCGAGGAUUCAUAUCGACAUAUUAUGGAUAAGAAAGACUACGACUUACGCAAUAAAUUAUGGAUCGAGUUCUUUGGAGAGACUGGACUGGAUUAUGGUGGUGUCACAAGAGAGUGGUUCUUUUUACUUUCUCAUCAAAUAUUCAACCCGUAUUAUGGACUUUUCGAGUACUCUGCCACUGAUAACUACACUCUUCAAAUCAAUCCACACUCGGAAGCAUGUAAUCCAGAACAUCUAUCCUAUUUCCAUUUCAUAGGAAGAAUCAUCGGAAUGGCAAUCUAUCAUGGAAAACUACUCGAUGCCUUUUUCAUUCGUCCAUUUUAUAAGAUGAUGUUGGGCAAAAAGAUCACUCUUUUCGAUAUGGAAUCAGUUGACAAUGCAUAUUAUAACUCGUUGAUUUAUGUCAAAGAUAAUGAUCCAGCCGAUUUGGAGCUCACUUUCUCAUUAGAUGACUCGAUUUUCGGAGAGACUCAAAACGUGGAAUUGAUUCCUGACGGAGCGAAUAUUGCAGUGACAGAAGAGAACAAGGAACAGUAUAUUGAGGCGGUGAUUAGUUGGAGAUUUGUGAAUCGAAUCGAGAAACAGAUGAAUCAGAUUCUGAAAGGAGUACAAGAGGUCGUCCCAUCGAAUCUUCUCCGGCUCUUUGAUGCCAAUGAACUCGAAUUAUUGAUGUGUGGACUUCAGAAGAUUGAUGUGAAAGACUGGAAAGCGAAUACAAUUUACAAGGGAGGAUAUGGACCAAGCAGUCAAGUAGUUCACAAUUUCUGGAAAUGCAUUCUAUCAUUUGAUAAUGAAAUGAGAGCAAGAGUACUUCAAUUCGUAUCUGGAACAUCUCGAGUACCUAUGAACGGAUUCAGAGAAUUGUAUGGAUCAAAUGGUCUUCAGAAGUUUACAAUCGAAAGAUGGGGUAGUGCUGACAUGUUGCCGAGGGCUCAUACUUGCUUCAAUCGUCUCGAUUUGCCACCAUACACCACGUUCAAAGAGCUCAAAUCGAAACUAUUAACGGCUAUUGAAAACUCGGAAAUUUUCUCGGGAGUCGAUUAA